AAUCAACUUCCAAAAUGUUCAAAUUCAUUGCUAUUGUUGCCCUCCUCGUCGCCUCUGUGAGCGCUGGCCUGAUCGAGACCCACCAUGUGGUGCAUGCGCCCGUCCUCGCCAAGGUUGGAACCGUGGUGCACUCUGCACCCUCGGCUGUCUCCCAUCAGAGCAUCACCCAGGUGCACAGCAAGUCAUACAUCCAGCCCGUGGUUGCUCCCGUCCUGAAGACCACCAUCCACUCUUCUCCCGCCGUGGCUGUACAUGCUGCUCCCGUCGUUCACUCCGUGCCCGUUGUCCACCACGCUGCUCCUGUCGUCCACACCGUUCACGCUGCUCCUCUGGUCCACUCUGUGCCCGUGGUCCAUCAUGCUGCUCCUCUGGCCUACACCCUGCACCAUUAAGGAAGUUCUCUGCACACUCCUGGAAAUCUUCAUUGUGAUAGAAUAUUUACGUUUUUUUUUUUUUUCAAUAAAUGUUUUUCGUUUCGUCCAUAACAAGUUAAUUAUAUAAUGUCCUGUACUAGCAGUUUGAUGCAACAAAUAGGGAUUUCGAAUUGGUAUUCCUAUAGAAGCGGAAUACGCGAUUUAAUGUAAAUUCUACAUGUGUUCUACAUGAAAUCUACACGUCUCUU